UUGUGAGUGAAUCUUCAUCCUUAUUGGUUGAUCAUUAAAAUGAAGUUUUUAUUCGCAAAUGUGUUAAGAAAGUAGAUCAACUUGAACUGUUUCUAUUGCGAUGCGACGAGUAGUUAUUCAGUGUCAACACGAUGAUGAUAUUCCAGUAUUAAUGGAAAUAAUCAAUUCGUAUGGUGGUAGUUUAAUUCGACCACCAUCACCUCAACGGUUCGAUAUGAUUCAUGUGGAUUUAUCUGAAGAAACUGAAACAACAUUAGAGGAUUUUGUCAAAGAAUUGGAAAAUAAAAUUCCGUCAAUUGCAGUGAAGGUAUUUUAAGGAGACACCGACACUCAGAACAACAGCAGUAACAAUGUUACACAAAAUGAGAAUGUUGCAAAAAAUAACAACAUUAUUUAUUGAAUUUAUUAUUGCUAUUAUGUUUUCACAAAAAUUUUAUCCUAUUCCAUGAAAAUUUUUUAAUGACGAUCAAUAAAACCUAUUACGUCACUGAGUUUAACAAAGAA